CUGCUGCUCCUGGCUCUGUGCCGUGGUUCGGCCGCUCCAUCCCCGUGUUUGGAAGGGCGGCGGAGGGUCCGGGAGCGGGAGGCCGCACAGGAUUUCACAGAUAAGUUGUGCAUCGAGCCCACGGCUUCUGUGAGGUCUCCACUCGCCCCUAUGGACGGGCUCCAUCCAUGGCAGGGCUCCAGGCAUGUCUGAGCCACAGGCUUCAGCUCUGAAAGGAUGGGGACCCUCUGCCCAGCGCCAUGAGGAGCAACCGCUGCAGCCACCUGCCUGGAGUGCCUCCAGACCAUCCCCAGCCUGCAGCCCCCGAUGGGAAGAGCCUGCCUGGCAACAGCGGGGGCCUGGCCACCAACUGCCCCCAGUAUGUCAUGCAGGUGUCCUCCAAGGAUGGGCAGCUGCUCUCCUCCGUGGUGCGGAGCCUGGCCGUGCAGAGCAGCCCCUUCAAUGAGCGGCCCAUGUGCAGGAUCUGCCACGAGGGCAGCAGCCACGAGGAGCUGCUGUCCCCCUGUGAGUGCACGGGGACCCUGGGCACCAUUCACCGCAGCUGCCUGGAGCGCUGGCUGUCCUCCUCCAACACCAGCUACUGUGAGCUCUGCCACUUCAGCUUUGCAGUGGAGCGCAAGCCCAGGCCGCUGCUGGAGUGGCUGAGGAACCCGGGCCCCCAGCACGAGAAGAGGACUCUCUUUGGGGACAUGGUGUGCUUCUUGUUCAUCACCCCGCUGGCCACCGUCUCCGGCUGGCUGUGCCUGCGAGGAGCCGUGGACCACCUGCACUUUAGCAGUAGGCUGGAAGCUGUUGGCCUCAUUGCACUCACUGUGGCACUCUUCACUAUUUACCUCUUUUGGACCCUGGUGUCCUUCAGGUACCACUGCCGGCUGUACCACGAGUGGCGUCAGAACAAUCAGCGGGUGAUGCUCCUCAUCCCAAAAUCUGCCCACGGCCCUUCCACCCAGCAGUCCCUGCUGGGCCUGCAGCCCCUCAAAAGGAGCUCCAAGGAGACAAUCGUGUGAUUUGGGCUGCAGCUGCACACUAAAGGAGGUUUGUUUUUCCUCAGACCUGUAGGGGUCGGGCACCCAGCACCCAGGAAUGUGCAAUUUGGAUUUACAGACUGAGUGCAGAAGGAUAAACCACAGCCAGAAUUCAAGUUGUGGAUGCUGCAGUCAUCUGUGGCAUUUGCUGACCUGCCAAACGUGUUUAGUGAGCAGGGACCCUAUGGAUUCUGCAUAUAUGUUAAUUGUUGCAUCAUCGAGUGAUGCAAACAUUUUUAUUGUCUAAAGUAUUAAACUAUGGUAAUUAACAAUGCAAAACAGGUUUAAAAAGUGCUUUGUUUUCAUGAUUUAUUGCUCCUACAGUACUGUUUCUUUAGGCAGCUGGACAGUAACCAAUAUUCAUUUCUGCUUCCUAAAGUGCAGCAAUGGCAUUUCCUCAUUUGAUUUUAUCUGCAGGUCCAUUAUACCAAUGUUUUGAUUAUUAAAAUCUGUGUGCAAUGAGCUCUACAAAUUGGCACAUUAUUUAAAUGCUACAAAGUGAUUGGAAAAUUGUAUUACCAGUUUCUUAUUUGGCAGGGAAGGUCUGACAGGAAGAUUCUUCAGUUAUGACUCUAGCAUGCGCAAGAGAAAAAUUACACAAAUUGCAAUAAUCUUCCUGUCAAAAGUAUUAUAGUACAUAGCACUCAGGAAAAAAAAAAAAGAUAUUCUACUUUCCCACGAAGAAGCACCACAUUCUUCAGUGAAGUGCACAUUCUGCUGGUGUGAAUUCAAACUUAGCCAACAUAUCCUGCAUUUAUACCAGGCUGAAUUUAACUCUACAGCUUACUUUUGUGUAGGGAAAGCUCUGCAUGCAUAAUGAAUGAGAUCAUCGGAUAAAUUUUAGGAAGCAGGGAUUCAUCUUGCAUGAAGAACAGCAUUAUUUUAAAGCAGCAGAAACUCCAGCUUGACAGGUAGGAUUUGGCAGAGUGUGUGCAAACCCUGACCUCUCAUGGUAGCACUGAGACAAAAAAAAAAAAUUAAAAAUAUUUAAUAACACAGUCUUCUAUGGAGACCAAAUGGAAUUUGGAGUGUAAAAUCAGACCUUAUUCCUGGGUGACUUUAUCUGCUUCCCCUUGGUUUUUUAUGCCUAAUUCAUUCAGCAAUCCUUCACUCCCAGAAGAGACACACUUAUUUUAAAUAACUAGCAAAACCUCAUUGCCGAAUGCUGCUAGAAUUAGAAAUUGAUACAGAGCCCCUCUGACCAGAUGAAUUUCUUAGAAUUGUACAUGGAUGGCAGUACCACCAUGUGCUUUAUUUUCCAAAAACUGCAGGAACUGAAAAUCAAAAGGAAGACAUAGCUGGAAGGCUAAUAAUUUGAUAUUCAUAAAUUUCAAGGUUUUAUGGGUAUUUACCAUCAGACAAGAAGUUAUCUGAUGUUUUGUGUGUGCUCUGUGGGGGUGAAAAAGCUUAGUACACAAAGCCAAAUCUGUUAAAUUUCUUUAUUCUGUCUGUGGACCAGUCUAGCUGUGAGCAUGUUAUUUAACGAUGUUCUUUGUGACUGUCAGUCAUGGGGAUAGGAGAAUCAUGGGGAUAUAAAGCAAUAACAGCCUCACUCCAAUAGAAAGGCACUUACACAACGAGCCAAGGUGUGUAGGAAAGCCAUGAACCUGCAGAUCUGUACUCAUCAGUCUGACAAGGCUGGGGUUGCUCAUGUUUGGCUGUGAAUAAAUGCUUCUCUUCCUGAGAAAAUUAAACAAGGCUCUGAAGAUAAGAAGAUCACAGUCUCUGUGAAAGCCUAAAACCUGUAAUGCUUUAUUUUUUUUUUUUUUAUACCUCUUCCUAAUGGUAAAUAAUUAUUUGGAAUGAAGACUGAACACUCACUUAUGCAGAAUUCCAGAUUUUAAAUAAAUAUCUGCUGGCCAGGGGUAAAGAAAUAAAGCAAAUCUAGCUGGGUCAGGAUGCU